AAUUCAACUUCAGGUCGCACCCUACAACACCAACUUACCAUCUCUUUCUUAAUUUCUCUAAAAUUUACGAAUGAAGAAGCACACUUUGCUCUGUUCUCUCUUUCUUUGCCUUCUUUAUCUUCCUUCCAUGGUUUCUGCAGACUGUACCUGUGACGACGAGCUGCUUCCUCGUCACGAUGCCAGCAACAGAACCAAGGCUUUGAAAUACAAACUCGUCGCCAUCGCAUCGAUCUUGAUGGCCGGUGCCCUCGGCGUUUCGCUCCCGAUUCUCGCCAAGAAGAUCCCGACGUUUCGACCGGAAAACAACGUCUUCUUCCUGAUCAAAGCAUUCGCUGCCGGUGUGAUUCUCGCCACCGCCUUCGUCCAUAUACUCCCCGACGGAUACGAGUCCUUGUCCAGCCCUUGCCUCAGCGAAAAGCCUUGGGGUGUUUUCCCUUUCUCCGGGUUUCUCGCCAUGGUUUCGGCCAUAGCCACGAUGAUGAUCGACACGUUCGCGACGAGUUUAUACAAGAAGUCGCAUUUCAACAAGGCUUUGCCGGUGAAUGGGGACGAGGAGAUGACGGGGGACCAUGAGGGACAUGUUCAUGUUCAUACGCAUGCCACUCAUGGACAUGCUCAUGGAUCUGCUGUGGUACCACAGGGUUCUGAAUCUUCUCCUCAUCAUCAUCUUAUUCGACAACGUAUUAUUUCACAGGUGUUGGAGAUGGGGAUAGUGGUUCAUUCGGUAAUAAUUGGGAUAGCAUUGGGUGCAUCCCAAAGUGCCAAAACAAUCAGGCCUCUUGUUGCAGCAUUGACCUUCCAUCAAUUCUUUGAAGGCAUGGGUCUUGGUGGUUGCAUCUCUCAGGCAAAAUUCAAGAACAGAGCCACUGCAAUGAUGCUAGUGCUGUUCUCCCUGACAACACCAAUGGGCAUAGCUAUAGGCAUGGGUGUAUCAAAAGUAUACGACGAGAACAGCCCCAAAGCACUAGUGGUGGAAGGAAUCUUCAACUCCCUUUCGGCUGGGAUCUUGAUUUACAUGUCUCUUGUGGAUCUGCUCGGGGUUGAUUUCAUGAACCCCAUAAUGCAAAGCAAUAUUAAAUUGCAGGUUGGGUCUAAUCUUUCACUCAUCCUUGGGGUAGCUUCCAUGUCACUCUUGGCUAAAUGGUCCUGAGCUUUUCCUGUUUUUGUACUAUAUAAUAGAUAAAUGUCAACAUAACCCCAACGUUUGUUUGAAAGGUCAUUUUAAUAUAUAUUUUUAGAAUAUUUUAA